AUGUGGGGGCCUGGCUUCAACGUUUCUCGAGAGCUGCUCUUGGCGGUCCGCCAGAGCAACCAGCAGCGAGUGCUUCAUCUCGUGGAGGGCCUCGUGGGAGCCCUGCGGCAACAGCGAGAGGCGAAAGCAGCCUGGUCAGCAGAGACCUUCGGCACAUCCUUGUGGGAUUUUGCUUGUGCAGUCCAACGCUUGUCGCGGCUGCCACUGGGUGAGCACGAAAAAGCCUUCUGGACGGAAGUGACGCAUGUCAUACGACAAACUCAGGUUUCAUUGCAGCCUCGUGAGCUGGCGCUCUUUUGCAACGCGCUGGCGUCAUCGCCGACGGUGGAACCUGCACAGCUGCUCCUCAAGCGGGCAGUUGAACUUCAAGCGGAAAUGACUGCCAAAGACCUCCAGAUGGUGCUGCACGGUCUUUCUCACUGUGCGAAUGGCGAGCAUCCAGGCUUUCCCGACCAAGCAUCCCGAGAAAGCCUGGCAGCCACUGUGCUGAAGGUUCGGUUGGACAAGGAUCAUCCGGUGCAAGCAGCGCAGCUCUUGGCUGCUUUCGUCAGGUUGCGCCACGACAAUGAUGCCGUGCUUUCAAAGCACCUUUUCGACCACGCAGUUGACACACUUCCCGGAUGUGAUGUGCAGUCCUUGACUGUCCUCUGCACGGCAAUUGCGGGAAGUCGUCGUGUAGCAAGAGCAUCGAUUGAACUGGCCGAGGGAUCCGAGGAAGCUUGGCAGGCGAUUGUUUCGAGAUUGGUCGAACUUCUGCCAAAAGCCAAGUCAUGGCAGCUUGCAUCUCUGGCCCGAGCGCUCAAAAAAGUCGGUGCCUCGCCAAGCAGCGUGGAGCCUUUUUAUGAUGGGAUGGAACAGUUACUGACUUCGACAGACCGCUCGGACUCCUUUUCGCCGGCUGACUUGACUUUCGUCGUGAACGGUUUGGCGCAGCAGAGGUGCCUGCAGCUGCGCAGGCCGGAUGCUGAAACCAUGAGCUUAGACAGACAGCCUCUCACCUCCUGGGCUUUUGAAGAGCAAAUUGGGCGCAAGCUACAUGCUUUCACCUCAUCAGAGCUCGCCGUGGUCCUGCAUGCAGCAAUGCGACUGAGACGUGGGGGUCCUGAUUUCUUCGAUAUGGUCUUGCCGAAGCUCUUAGAGUCCAAGGACCUCACAGCCAAGCAGCUGGCGCACUCCUUCAGCGCGUCGGCAGCGGCCGGCCUUUUCUUGGCGGACCUCACGAGACCGAUGCGGCUGCUGCGCCAGUUGCUUCCAGCGUGUGCAAUGCUGGGUCCUUCGCUCACUCCGUGGUCUCCGAGGGCCAUACCUUUGGCCGGACGACGUCCAGGCUUCUGCAACAGUCGAUGCUCUCUGUGCUCGCGCAAAGGAGGUGCCCCGCACAUGACCUGUGACGCAGUCCUUCAUGCCACAGCUUUGGCAGUGGCUCCGGCAGUACUUCGGAUCGUGGAAGUUGGUCGCGAGUUCAGCUUUCGGGUCUCGUGUAGACAGAAUCAGGCAGGGAAUCUGCGUCAAUGGAUGAUGGAGGUGUAUCCGGUUCAGUGGAAGAAGCGACUGCAAUCAAGAGCGGAGACGAGCGAUCUGUGUUUCCGUGCAUUUCCGGAGGUAGUGAAGGAUGAGCAGAAAUGCUACGAAAUUCGUGAGAUGCUGCGCAGAAGUGGCAUGGAUCCAGCGUCUCAGAACCGCUUGGUGCAGAUGCUGCAGACAGCUGCACACCCCGUCACCUGUGUCUUUCACGCAGCCUUCAAGAUUGUGGUAAUUCUGAUCUACAUCUAUGGUCGAUACAUCCACAGUGCUUAUGUCUCCACUUUCAUUUUGUGUACCAUUUUUGCUGCACUGGACUUCUGGACGGUGAAAAACAUCUCUGGCCGUCUACUUGUAGGACUGCGAUGGUGGAAUUUAGUCAAGGACGAUGGCUCCUCGGAGUGGGUGUUUGAGUCGAACCCAGACGAGGGCAACUUGAACGCCACGGACCGCAACAUCUUCUGGGGUGUGACAUACAUUUGGCCCCUGCUGUGGGCGAUAUUUCUCUUCAUGAACAUUCUGAAUUUCAGUCUAGAUUGGGUUCUCCUGAAUAUCAUGAUCUUCAUUUUCGCAGGUACGAACCUGGCUGGGUACUGGAAAUGCUCGACCGAUGCCAAGAAGCGGGCGCAGCAGUGGGUGGAGAGUCAAGGAAUGAGGGCAGUCGCCGGUGCCAUGGGAUUCGCUUGA